CCUGGUUAUGGUGGAUCACUACUACAUACUUAUUGAUGUCGUAGGAUAAAUACUUUGUCGUUCCUUUUGAAUUGUAUAAACCAAAUAAUAUUUUGUCAACAACUUGGCUUUCACACGUAGUGAAUUUGACAGCAGUCAUGCAACAGAGGUCAUUCCAUCAGUCUUUUUGCACCGCUUCUUCUGUGAGAAGAGGAGGUCGUGGGACAUCUGGAAAGAGGUUCUUUGUGACAGGUGCCAAAAGUGCGAGAUGGGCAGCAUCAGGAGGAGGAGCGACGAGGUCCAUCUACCAGAAAUUCCGAGAUGUUGACCUGCUGGACAAGAAGAAGACGGUGACAGCUAUGAAGGCUGGGGAGGACCGGGCUAUUCUCCUAGGCCUGGGCAUGGUCAUUGCGUCGGCCAUGAUGUACUUUGUCCUGGGCAUCACUGUACUGCGCUCCUAUGCAGACAGUGUGUGGACAGAGGGGAGUGUCUGUAUCGUGCUCAACUCCACCAUCACGGCAGACAUGAACUGCUCUUACAGCUGUGGCUUGGACUGCUGGAGAGGCUCCAAGUACCCCUGUCUGCAGGUCUACGUCAGUGUCAACACCACGGGCAGGGUCAGCCGCUUAUCCCACAAUGAGGAGAGCUGGGACGCCAACUUUGAGUGUUUCUACGUGCCAAAGUGCCAGAAGGACACCAAUGCCAUGCACCACAUUAUCGUGAACAUCUCAGAGCGCCUGAAGCCACAUCACCAGGUCCUGUGCUACUACGACCCCAGCGACCAGCAGGAGAGUGCCCUCCUGACCCGGCAGUACGGCCACAGUCCCGUCUUCCACUCGCUCUUCUGGCCCUCCUGUAUGCUCACGGGGGGCACUGCCAUCAUCUUCAUGGUCAAACUCACCCAGUACCUCUCCAUUAUGUGCGAGCAAGUAAUCAAGAUCGAAAGGUGAAGCUUGCUGGCGUGGCAGCUGAGAGCGUCAAACAUGGCCGCCAGUCCGGACAGAUGAUGACAUGAAAGGGAUUGUUUCAACCGAAACAGGUGGCUGGACUGGCUUCUGUUGUGAAACUGACAUCUUGGAAAGCAGAUAAAUGAAUGAACAACCCCUGUUGCCUGGAAUGCAACUUGCAUGUUUUCUUACUGAAUAUGUAAGGUAGAGGUAGAAUAUGAAGAAUCGAAUGGGGAAAAUGCUGAAUGACACCAUCAACAUAUUUUAGGGCUCAGCUAUAGCUUAUAUUAUUUAUAGUAAAUACCAUUUUAUUGUUCAGUCUGUCAUACAGAACUGUCAUACAGAAAAAGCAUUGUCUUGUGUUGCUCUGAUGACAACCCCAGGAAAGCUGCAAACUCCAUUCUGUUUAUUUUUAAUACAUUUUGCUCUGUAUGCAAUAAAUUGACCUCUCAAAACAUAUACAUGCACUUAUGCCUUCCCAUGGUGAGGCAUAUCAAAAUGAAAUAAAUCAUUUAAUGGUGAAUCAAGUAAUUGUUUACAAAUGAUGCAACUGUA